AUGCCAGCUGCAAGUUCUUUUACUACUGGCGGUGGUGGUGGCGGAUUUAAUGGAAAUGGCGGAGGUGGAAUUCAAUCAGUUGUGAAUGUUUCUCCAUAUGGAGGGAUUUCAACUACUUUUACUGCUGGUGGUGGAGGAGGAGGAAGUGGAGCAGGAUUUCAAAGGGUAACAGGUCCUGGAGGAACUGUGGUAGUUGCAGCCGGUGGAGGAGGUGUUGGAAAUGGUUAUGGCUAUGGAUACGCAUGGGGAAGAAGAAUAUGA